AUGGAAACAACAACCGCCGAUUGUGGACCAAAGAAUGCUUCCUAUACUGGCUUUCUAACUCCGGCUGAUGAUGCGGCGUUGGAUGCUCUAUUAGUUGAUUUUAACAUUUCUCCACCAUACGAUAAUACGACGAAUGCCAAUGAUCAAAAGAAAAAUAACCUUAUAUUAAAAAGUUUUACAUGUCCUUGGAGCAAACUUGGCCAAAACUGUACAAAAGGUUUGGAUAUAUGGUCAAAAGCACAGUGUGCAGUGCUUAAAGAUACAUCACCAAAUAGUGUAUUUGGUCCAUGUUUUAAUGCUAUACCAGACAAAACAGUAGGCGAUCAAAUGUAUCACGCUUGUCUCGCUUUAACAUGUCGGUAAGUAUGCAAAAUAUAGAACUGUCUUUGCGAUUAAUUAAAGCUGAUCUAAUAACAUUAGAUGUACACAAAAUCAGAGUCGAAAUGGUUU